AUGGCAAGUCAAAGGCUUUUACAAGGAUAUAGGAGAGGCAUCCACAUAAGUAGAACUGGAGUAUCAUCAGAUGAGGAAAUGGCCAAAAUGAUUGCUGAAAAGCUGAACAAAUCAGGGUUAAGAGAUGUUCGAGCCAUGAUGCCAUCUCUGUGUUCUAAUCUGAAUCAUGAAGUCACCUCCUUGGUACUCUCAAACCCUGAUGUUUCCCCUCGUUCUUGCUUGUCUCUCUAUGACCUUUUGGCAAAUGAUGAGUCUCUUACUGCUCAAAAACCUGAUGUUGAAGCCAGCAUCGUCCUUCUUUUGAGACUAUUCAAGGAUAGGAAGUUUGUGGACAUGAAGAAUGUGUUGACUAGGAUUGCAUCAGAUGAUUUUAGGUUCCCAGUUGCUAGUUGGGUAUCUAUGAACAGUGGAAAAUUAAAUGAAGAUUGUUUUAGGGAGAAGCUGUAUAAUAUGCUGUUUAGAGUCUAUGCUGAUGCAAGGAUGUUCGAAGAGGGCCUUGAGGUUUUUGAUUACAUGAUAAGUAACGGGUUGAAGAUUGACGAGAGAUCUUGUAUCGUCUAUCUGCUUGCUUCGAAGAGAUGCGACAGAAUGGAGAUGUGUUCAGUACUAUUCAGAAAGAUGGUUAAUUCUAAUAUGGAGGUUAGUGUUUACUCUUUGACCAUUGUGGUUGAUGGGUUGUGUAGAAGAGGUAGGGUUACAAGGGCUAAAGAAUUAAUGAUUGAGAUGGCUAGGGUGAAAGGAAUUAAGCCGAAUGUCAUUACCUACAAUACCAUUUUGAAUGGAUAUGUGAAAAUAAGGGAUUCUGCCGGCGUUGAAGAGAUCUUGAGAUUGAUGGAGACUGAUGAAGUUGCUUAUAAUGCCGCUACAUAUACCAUGUUGAUUCAUUUCUUUGGUGACAGCGGUAAGGCGGAGAAAGCUGAGAGGUUGUUCAAAGACAUGAAUGAAAGAAAUGUCGAAGUGGAUAUUCAUGUGUAUACGUCGAUUAUCAGCUGUAAUUGUAAAGUUGGGAACCUGAAAAGGGCUUUUGCUUUGUUUGAUGAGCUCGGCGAGAGAGGUCUUGCUCCCAGUACUCACACAUAUGGGGCCUUGAUUGAUGGUGUCUGCAAGGCUGGCCAGAUGGAGGCAGCUAAGAUCUUGCUAUCCAGAAUGCAAAGCCAAGGGUUAGACAUGAAUCUGCUGAUCUUCAACACUCUUAUUGAUGGUUAUUGUAAAGCAGGUAUGAUAGAUGAGGCUUUAAGAGUAAAGGGUACAAUGGAAAAGAACGGAUUCAAGGCGGAUAACUAUACACAUAACAUUAUUGCUAGUGGCCUGUGUAAAUUGAACAAGCUUGAUGAUGCGAAGAACUGGUUGUUUGCAAUGAUCGAAAGAGGUGAAAUACCAAAUUCAGUGAAUUUCACCACUCUGAUCAACAUCUACUGCAAAGAGAGGAAUAUCCUGGAAGCGAAGAAGCUGUUCAAGGAGAUGAAGAAGAAAUCAGUGAAACCCACUCUUAUUACUUACAAUGCUCUGAUUGACGGAUGCUGUAAGGAAGGCAAGAUCCAUGAAGCUUACAAGCUAAAAGAAGAAAUGGUGGCUGUGGGAUUUUCACCAGACAUAUACACAUAUACCUCGGUCAUACACGGGGAAUGUAUUUCUGGAGACGUGGAUAAAGCACUGCAACUGUUGAGUGAAGCUCGUGAAAGUGGUUUGACGAUCAAUAUGGUCACUUACACUGCAGUUGUUUCAGGCCUGUCCAGGGAGGGCCGUUCUGAAGAAGCUUUUAAAUUGUACGACGAGGCUAUGGAGACAGGAAUGACUCCUGACAACAGAUUGUACGCAUCACUUGUUGGCAGCCUUCACCAAGUUCCGAACUCUUAA